UAUGUGUCGCCAAGGUAGAAAACUUAAUCGAAGAUGAAUAGAAAAACAGUAGGUUUGCUAUUUUUUAGGUCCUUAAGUCCGUGGCACAUACCCGAUGCCCUGCCAUUAAGGAGCCAAUGUCGAGGUCACCGACAAAGAUCAAGCCAGGCAGCAAAACAUGAAACGCGAGCAGAGAGGUCGGGAUUCAUUCCAGCAGCAACAUCAAAAUAUGACUGGAUCGGACCACCAGACAGUCUGUCAAACCUGAGGCCAAUAAUAUAUCACAUCCCAGAAAAUGAGACUCCACUGGAAAGGAAAUUAAGGCAUCUGAGACAGGAGACAGAGGACUGGAACCAUAUUUUUUGGGCCAACCAGAACAUUACCUUUAUUAAGGAAAAGGAAGAAUGUGUACAGUCACAACUGAAGGCAAAAGGGUUGUCAGAAAGAGAUGAAGCAGGAAGAAAAAGGACUUUAAGCAGUGAGGAAAUGGCAGUGUUCUACAAAUAUUUCUUAGACAAAAACAUUAAAAGGCAUACCAUUUAUAACAGGGAGUGGUAUAGACGGAAUUUCACCAUAACCCUUCUAAUGGCUAGAGUAGCUGUACACAACAUAUGGAGGAUUCUGGCCGGACGGAGGAGGGGAAUUGGGCGAGAGAACGGCAAACCUUCAUAAAACUCAAAUAAAGACUCUGUAAAUCAAUCAUUGUUGCUAUUCCUCUGUCUAAGUGGACAAAAAAACAUUAGUAGUUUGACCGAAGAUUCCAUCAAAACCUGGAAAUGUUAUGAGAUCAAAAUAAUGAAGAGGAUUGUCUUCCUGUAAGGGUAUCAGAGAAUGUAUUCUAUUUAUCUUUUUUGUUUCUGUCAAUAAAAUGUAUUCUUCUUUUAUGAA